AAUGACACUGGCUUAACGGCUCAUUGGGUUUCGAUGGAAACGCAAGGGGAAGGAACCCUUUUAAAGUUCGUCAGUAUCUAGUAGUAAUUAAAUAACGAUAGGCAGACUAAACUGUGUCUGGGAAGCCCGAUACCUUGAUGACUUUCGCAAAUUUACCUGCCUUUGGAGCCCGGAUAACGUGUGCUGUUCGUCAGGUUGGAAGUCUUACAGUGAUAGUGAUGUGCUAGACUGAUAGUGUUAAAUUGAAAUUACCAGAAGUGCAGUUUUAAUGCGUAUGAAAGGAAGUGUCAAAGUUUCUUAUGGUUUCGAACGUGCUCGUCAGAAACAUGUGUGUCACUCAUUUUUUUUUGCUUUUUGACAAAGUCUAAUAUCAGUGACCACUGAACCAAUUUUCUUCGAGAAACGAUAUGGACCAGAAUGAUGGAAAAAUGAUCGUCUAACCGGAACCGGCCAUCAUUCAAACAUGUUCACAAGUGCCUUGACGUGCUUUCCCAGGAUCUGCUAUCAUCUUUUACCCUUCGUACUUCUACGAUUCUUCCUUCUCCUGCAGUUCUGCAAAGGAUGGGUGCCAGAUCAAAGCACAAAACUGACGUUUCCGAUGACCAGGGUACCUAGCAUUAGCUUUAAAGGAAAUUCAUCUUCCAUAGAUUAUUUUAAUGUCUUGUAUCAAGACGAUAACUCCAUAUUAUUGGGAGGAAGGAACCAAAUAUAUAAUCUAUCACUGUCAGAUUUUUCCCAAAGACGUGAUGCCACGAUAUAUUGGCCGUCAUCGGAAGCACAUGGACAACUGUGCAAUCUGAAGGGAAAGACCGAAGAUGAUUGCCAGAACUACAUUAGGAUAUUUUUCUACACGGCUCCAGAGAAGUUUCUCGUCUGUGGAACCAACUCUUACAAACCUCUAUGCAGGAUUUUAUAUAGAAAGAAUGGAAGACUGUUUAUCGAAAAAGAAACCGAAGGAAUAGGAUUAUGUCCGUACGAUCCAGAACAUAACAGUACAGCGGUAUUUAGUAACGGCCACCUCUACUCAGCAACUGUAGCUGAUUUUUCAGCUACCGAUCCCUUGAUAUACAGAGAACCUUUACGUACUGAACUCUCUGAUCUCAGGCAGUUAAAUGCUCCAAAUUUUGUGAGUUCUCUAACGUACGGCGACUACAUAUAUUUCUUCUACCGUGAGACUGCAGUUGAGUACAUGAACUGUGGUAAGGUGAUAUAUUCACGAGUAGCGAGGGUGUGCAAGCAUGAUAAAGGUGGCCCCCAUCCUUCCACCAGAGACAGGUGGACCACAUUUUUGAAAGCAAGACUGAACUGCUCCGUACCGGGAGAGUACCCGUUUUAUUUCGAUGAAAUACAGUCAACUAGUGGUAUAAUAGAGGGCAAAUACGGCCGAGAAGGCACCUCAAAAAUAGUUUACGGCACUCUGACAACACCAAAUAACGCCAUUGGUGGCUCAGCAAUUUGUAUGUUCCGAAUGGACGAUAUUGAGGACGUUUUCAAUGGUCCCUUCAAACAUCAAGAAAGUAUAAAUGCCAACUGGCUUCCUUUGCCAGAACAUAAGGUCCCAUCGCCAAGACCUGGAAGAUGCGAACCAGACAGCCGAGUACUUCCAGACAAAAACGUGAACUUCAUAAAAACGCAUCCUUUGAUGGAACGCGCUGUCCCAGCGAUGAAUGGCAGACCGUUGCUCAUAAGGGUCAGUCUACACUACCGUUUGACCGCCAUUGCUGUCGAUCCGCAAGUCAGGACGAUCAGCGACGAAACUUUUGACGUGAUAUACGUAGGAACUGACGACGGUAGAGUGUUGAAGAUCGUCAAUAUCCCUACGCAUAAUUCGUCCAAGGCCGUUGUCUUGUCAGAGAGUGAAGUAUUUGGCAAGAACGCCCCUGUGAAGCAACUGAAAAUUGCUCCUGGAUACGGGAAGGUAGUUGCUGUCAGCAGAAAUGAAGUCAAGCUGGUGACAUUGAACCAUUGCGGAACAAUCACGCGUUGUAGUGAAUGUUUGGAGUUACGUGAUCCACAUUGCGCAUGGGACUCUCUGAAGGGGGCAUGUGUUAGUGUCGAUGCUGUAACAUCAUUUCGAUAUCACAUACAAGAUGUCCGGAGAGGAAAUGCUUCAAAAUGUCGACUGCAGCCUCUUGAUGCUCCGUCGCCAAAAGAGUACGACAUCAAAUCUUUGGACACGAACUCAGUAGACGAAGACGAAAAAGAGCCAAGCGACGAUUUACUCCGCUUGGACGCGGAUUCGACUGAGUGCAGUAAUGACAUAGACGGGGCAACAACAGGAUGUGCAUCGCAGAGCAAGUUGACUUUGUACACGCCGGAAUAUUUGAGGAUAUUCGUUGCGGUUUCCAGUCUUGUGGGGCUGUUCAUUGGGUUUCUUUGUGGGUAUCUGGUGUCCCGGCGAUUUCACACCCAUCCGCAGUACCCUAAUCAGGCGUUUAUUGAACAGCACAACCAUCUAGAUCGGCUGCUGUAUUGCCUGGCUAGUUGUACAUCAUCCAAACUUGGUGGAUGUCGAGAUGACUUUUCCACACAUGAAUUUAUCAAAAGUCCGAAUCCAACAGACUCACUGUGAAUCAGAAUAGUUUUUUAGCCCCGCGAAACAAGACGGUGAAUCUUGACGUCCUGAACGUUUCGACGGAUUCUCUGCCACCAAAAAAGGACAACCUUGGCUCUUUGAAGAAUUUGAACAUAACAAAUGAAGGUACACUGCAGAAGAUCAAGAAAACUUAUAUCUGAAUGCGUUUCGCGAGAUUCCAGUAUUUGCAGUAAGAACUCUCAGAUUAUAACUUUUUUCUCGAAUAUCUCUAUUUGCACGGUCAUCAAGUCAGAUUCAGGAAGUUUUUCACGGAAGCACUUCAAUCCAGGACAGAGCUCUGAAUAGAGUUUACUCUCUCCGAAUCAAGUGUCCCUAAGGAAUUUAAUACAGAUUCGUUCUACGAAUAUUAUUAUGAGAAACAAUAAUAUUUGGUGAACCAAAUCUGUUCAACUUUCGUCUUCAUCAAGCUCCAAAUCUGGCAUCAGGUAUGAUGUGGCCAAAGAAUACAGAGGAACCAUUUGAAUGUGCACUCGCGAAAAUUCCUUUGAUCUUAUGGCAUUGGGACAAGAUUUCCCUCCUUUGUUUUGCAUCCAUUGACGCAGCACCAACUGCCACCAAUCUACUCCCUGGGUAGUUAUAGUACAAGUAUCUUCGCAUCUGCCUAGAAAAAUAUUUUGAUUGUUUUUUCGCAUAAGUUCAUUCAAAAAAGACCCCUUUUAAUGAACCUGCACGUUGCCAGUUCUUCUUUUGACAACUCUGUAUUCUUUGGAUGUGACAAACAUAAAAAAUCUUGCUUUUUUUACCUAUUUGGAUGAUGUGAAACAUUUUUCACAACCCCAAGAAACUGUUCGGUUUUUAUGUGGAUGUAGAUGAAAUAAUUUGAAGAUGAAUAAAGUUGUGUCAAUUCCGUUGGACUCCCCGAUGUUGUGAUAUGUACGCACCCAAGAAACUCGAGUUUUAACUUGAUGAACGUGCAACAUAAAAUAUUUUCAUACAGAAAGACCUAAUGCGUAUGUCUUUUGAUGAAUAUUUUUGUACCUGCUAUAUAAUUAUAGACUGCCUUUAUGCUAUUCUACCGAGUUGAUAGAAGAAUGUUAUUCAGAAGCUACCCCUGUUGGCUUUAAUUUUUCUUUCUCAAGCUCAAUGUAAUAUUUUUAUAAUAGCUCACGGUUUUAUUUUGAUAUACUGAUCUUUGAAUGUGAGAGCACACUUUUGCUAUAAAACGAUAAAACGUUAACCAUUUGAUGUAUCUUAUGUACAGGGUGGGGCAGAAAGACUUUCCCGAUUUGGACAGCCGAUAAAAACUGAACUAAUCAAGAUAUAGAAAAAAAACUUAUUUUUUUAUAGGCAUUUAUAGUGCCAUUUUAAGUCAAUGCGUCUUGAAAAUGAUAUCACUCAAGUCCAUUGUUGAGUGAGUGAGCCUCUUCCGAUAAUUUUCCAUCGCUCUGCAGAUCAUGUCAGGCGGAAUGGCAGCAGUUUCCUGGAUUGUUUUCUCCUUGAGAGCGUCUAGAGUUUGAGGGCGAUGUUGGUACACUUGUUCCUUUAGGUAGCCCCAAAAAAAAUCACAUGAGGUCAAAUGCGGUGAGUACGGAGGCCACCCGAUGUCGCAGCGCAAAGAAUAAAGAUGUGUCCAGGAAACAUUUCUCGCAGAAGUGCCAUACAUGUUCUUGUCCAUGCUCAUUGACAAAAGCAGCCACUCCGGGCCGUAUAAAGCUCUCUAGCAUCACAUAACAUCGAUCUGCGUUCACUCUAACAGUUCCAUUCAACAACAUAUGGACUCCCACACACCAGAUUUAGAAAUGGCACACCAGACUGCAACCUUAGGUCUAUAAAGUGGCCACUCGUGCAGUUCUCAAGGGUUAUUUUCAGACCAAUACCUGCAGUUUUGUUUGUUGACUUCGCCAGAAAGCUGGAAAUGGGCAACACCACUGAAGAUCAAAACGUCCAUGCGAGGAAUAUUGCGAUAUUGGCACAAAAUGGUACGGGUUUCACGGUCUUUUUCACGCAACUCCUAUGCAAUGGCAAUUUUAUAGGGAUGCAUAUCAAGAUCCCGGUGUAGGAUUCUCCGAACACUCCGAUUUGAUAAUCGCAAAGCAGUGCUUACGUGCAGAGCUGCUGAAUUGACUCUCUCACAGCUGCCACAUUUGCUGGCCCUGUUGCUGUUCGAGGUCGACCAGGAGAUUUUCUUUUUAAUGCCGAUCCUGCUUCUAGAAAGUUCGACACCCAUUUAACAAUUGUCUUACUAUCGGGAACCAGACCAUGUCGCCCGAGCUGGAAGUGAAUGCCAUUAUCGGCGAACCUCCAUUUCGAAUAAACCAAGCCAUGGCUGACACUAAAAAAGUGGAAUAGACGAGAUAUAUACUCUUCUGCGCUGUACCCCCUACUGGCGUAGCUAGACGGUUUCCAAAUCGGGGAGGUCUUUCUGCCCCACCCGUAGAAUGAUUCAUUUUGCAGUAAUUGUUACAUCUGCAAGCGCUUUUAAUGGCUCAUACUUUGUUUCUACAGGAGUGUGCUCUCAAUUUGGUGAUCAAUUUACGUUUUACUUACGUUUUAGUACUACUUAUACGGAAUCAAAAAUGAAUUUGCUUUAGCAGCUAAUUUUGCAAUAGAGAAAGAAAAUAAUGUGUAAUUAUUGUUUUAAGUGUUUAUGUGAUAAGUAGCUAUACACGAGGCGGAACGACACAGUCUCUCGAUUGAACUUUUAUAAAAAAGAUAAAAUUUAUAAAUGUUGAGAACCAAUGAGUUAUAACCGAUGGGUUCUAACUCAUUAUAUUAUAUAAAAAGGCCAAGAUUGAAUCUUCCACAAAUGUGAAUUUAGUAACAAACACAGUCUUUAACAAAAGAGUAGUUAUACAGUGUCCGGCACAAAGGUCGGACGGUUUUUAAAAAAUCACAGAAUCGGUAAUUUGUAGUCGAAAACAAAUUUAUUGACGGAUUCGGGUUCACAAUGAAACAGCGUUUGUAAUUAAUUGUGGAAAAUCACAUCAGUCAUGUGGUGGCCGUUUUUGAAGAUGCAUUGCUGGAGGCGUUCUUAAAAGUUCGCGUAGACUCUCUCCAACAUCGUUCUCUCAACUUGGGCGCCUUCCACGCGAAUUGCCUCCUUCAACUCGUUCAGAGUUCGGAUCUUGUGUUUGUAUACACGAGCCUUGAGGUGGCCCCAUAGGAAAAAAUCGCAUAUGGAUAAAUCUGAGGACCGAGAAGGCCAAUUAACAUCACCGCGAAACCUCGAAAUAAGGCGACCACUAAUGAGAAGGCAAAUAACGUUCAUAGUAGCUCUGGUGGUGUGGGCGGUCGCCCCAUCCUGUUGGAAUCACACAUGUCGCAAUGGAACCGCCUUCGAAGUAGAUUUUCAUUAGCCCAAUAAUGGCAAUUCUGCUGGUUAACCAUGCCAUUAAGAUGAAAGUGAGUUUCAUAACUCAUGAACAAAAUGAGGUUCUCAAGUUCAUGCAUGCAUAGUCUCCAGGCUGCAACUGUUGCACAAUGGCAAAUUUGUAGUUGUGAAAGUGGACUUCCAUAUGCAAAAUACGCCUAACCGAACGAUCACUGAGGCGAACUUCAGCAGCAGGUGGCCGAGCAGAUCGAACCGGGCUUGUCCAACGCGUUCCACAUUAUCAGGGGUUCGAACCGUUCGCGGAGCUCCUGGUCUUUUGUUGAUCAGUACACCACGUGUGCGAACCACCAACGAAGGAUGGUGUUUCGAUAAGGAACAGCUCGAUUCCGAUGAAUAUUAAAGUGGCGACGAAACUCUCGCUGUACAGCCGUGAUAGACUGAUUAUGGCCGUCCAUUGCUCCAUAAUGUCUACUGGCAAAAAUGCUAGCAACGUCCGAGUCGAACGGCACUCUCCCCACUACUCUCGCCCAAAUAGGCGGAGAGUGCUAGCCAUUUCAAAAAUAUCCGUUCUUUAUGCGGGACCCUGUAUAAAGAGAAUAAAGAGUAUAAUACUUUUCUAUAAAACGUACUAUGAAGCAACCGUAAAGGAGUCGAAAUGUGUUUUGUUAUAAGUUGCGUGAUAUAUUUAAAUCUCACUAGAAAAUUGUCCUUAGUCACUCAUUUUCUACUCGUGUGUUGGCGUAAAAUUGCGCAAAAUGUUUAUAGGAUGAUUAAUAUCUUGGUCUACAAUUUUAUAAUACCCGUUUUACAUCAAUUUCUCCACCAAUUUAUUCAGAUGAUUUUCUUUCUUCAAGAUCAUCCUGCUUAUGCUUAUGCUUUUGCAGUGUUUUACAUCAAUGGACAAACUCGAUUAUCUGUCAGUAUUCAGUGCUGCCAACCACACAACAAAUUCAUGCUAGAAACAUGUUGAGCUUAUAUGUCUACUAUGGUUUUGAGGCGAGUCUCAUAAACAGAAACCUGAAUGCAGUAGUUCUAUACUUGAAAUUUGUUCCAAAUAAUGGAAGGGAAAACAAGUUCUAAUUUCGUGAAGAGAUCCACGAAUAUCAUGGAUUUAUUUGACGUCAAAUUUCUGUUUGACAUUUUUGAAAUUUAUCCGUGAAUAAAUCCACGGAAAUACAAUGUAAAACGGGUAUAAGAAAUUUUAAAUGUAAAUACUUUUUAGUCUUCGGUGAUGUAAAGAUUUUAAUACGCAUGUAUUCAGUUUUUCGGAUUACAUAGAAAUGCCAAAAAUUGUAACAAUUUUUAAUAUACAUUAGGUUUCUAGGUUCUUUUUGUUAUACGAUUUGUACCAUUUUAAGUUGUAUACAGGAUGUUUCACAAUCCAGGCAUGCAAAGAAUAAUAACCAACCUUAUUGAAAAUCCUGUUAGUCACUUCUUAUGACGGUUCAGCAUGAAAAAAAGUGAAAAUGAUUGUAAAAUCUCUAUCUCGGUAGUUUUUUUAGUGAUCUGAUCACGGUAUACAGUCAUUGAUCAGCCAAAACAUGAACUUUGCAACAUCCUGUACAUCAUUAGUAGCUGAAUAGUGUAUCCAAAACUCGGAUACUGAAAGAUUGAUGGAUCUUUGGUACAACACUCAACCCCUUAAUAGAGCUUUCAUAUAACAUAUGUUUUCAUUAUAAGUAGUCCUCAUGAUUGUACGAUUAAGUAUAACAGUUUGGUUAGCGCUCAAUAGUAGUAAUUGUACAUAGUAUUUCUUUUUUUAGUUUUUCACAUUAAUUUAUGUUUGGCUGUGAAUUUCUAAAAAAAAUUAUCAAUCGGUUAAGGCACGAUAUCCUCUAUAACCGACGAAAUUAUAUAAUGCUGACUUGUACAAAAAAAAAACUAAAAUACUCUUCAAUAAGCACUAGAGUUACUAAAUGUCUAUCUGUCUAUUAAUUUUUAAUGUAUUUAAUAUAGAUGAUGUUACAUUCCAUAGAUUUGUAUUAUGAUUAAUGUAGUAAAUAAAUGAAAAUCUAAUUGUU